AUGCCUGAUGGUGCAACUGUUGCAAAAGAACAAGUCCAACUGAAGGACAGUCGGGAUGGAUUCAGUUCUACAUUUGAAAGAAUUGUGGAAUCUGACCUUAUGAAAGGGACCUCAUACAGUAGCCUUGAUUCUUUGGAUGUAUUGUCACUGACUGAUGAGACAGAUAGUUGCAUCAGUUUUGAAGCCCCACUCACACCACUGAUUCAACAACGAAUUAAGGAAACCCCUGAACUGCUGCAGCAGAAACUGGUUCAGGUUGCUGAACAGCGAGAAAUCCUGGAAGCCGGAGUUAACGAUGACCAGGAACAUCAUUCUAAGAUGAAUGAGGGAAGUGUUGAAAGCCCACUGAGACACUCACUUACUAGCAGCAGGUCUGAGAAUGUGCUGAGCAGAUCCUCUUUGAAGUCCAUGCCAAAUGGUUUGCACAAUGAGAGAGAUGAACUAGAAGAUGACAUCAGCAAGAUAGUUAACUCCACCAGUGAUGCCAAUUUUAAGGAAGUCCUAUCCGAUUCUGAUUCAGAAAUGGACAGUACAGAACAACUAGAACAUGGGAGCACUGACACUUUGGCUAAUGGCUGCAAAACAGAUAUAGAUCCUGCAAAAAGACUUGCCAAACGACUGUACAACCUUGAAGGGUUUAAAAGAUGUGAUGUGGCACGGCACCUUGGAAAGAACAAUGAUUUCAGCAAGCUAGUGGCUGAAGAAUAUCUUAGUUUCUUUGACUUCACAGACUUGACUUUGGAUAAAGCACUUAGGAGAUUCUUGAAAGCUUUCCCACUGAUGGGUGAAACGCAGGAGCGUGAGAGAGUUCUGAUCCAUUUUUCUAAGAGAUACUGCCAAUGCAAUCCUGACUGUAUCAACUCUGAAGAUGGGGUCCAUACACUAACUUGUGCACUGAUGCUUUUGAACACAGACCUUCAUGGGCAUAAUAUUGGAAAAAAGAUGUCAUGCCAGCAGUUUAUUUCUAAUCUGGAUGGCCUCAAUGAUGGGAAGGAUUUUCCAAAAGAUUUAUUAAAGGGAUUGUAUAACUCAAUAAAAAAUGAAAAGCUGGAGUGGGCUGUAGAUGAAGAUGAGUUGAGGAAAUCUCUGUCUGAGCUUGUGGAUGAUAAAUAUGAUAGUUGUCCAAAAAAACUGACCAGAAUAAUUGAUAGCAGUAAUCCCUUCCUCGACAUCCCUCAGGCAUUGAAUGCAGCAACCUACAAACAUGGAGUUCUCAACCGUAAAACACAUGCAGAUAUGGAUGGCAAGAGAACUCCUAGAGGAAGAAGAGGAUGGAAGAAAUUUUAUGCAGUACUCAAAGGGACUAUUCUUUACUUACAAAAGGAUGAAUAUAAACUAGACAGAGAUUUGUCUGAAGUGGAUCUGAAAAACGCUAUUCGCAUACACCAUGCAUUAGCAACAAAGGCUAUUGAUUACAGUAAACGGCCCAAUGUUCUUAAAUUGAAGACAGCAGACUGGAGAGUCUUUCUGUUCCAAGCACCAAGUGAAGAGGAAAUGCACUCUUGGAUAUUGAGAAUAAACCUGGUAACUGCCAUUUUUUCAGCACCCUCCUUUCCAGCUGCUAUUGGCUCACUGAAAAAAUUCAGCCGGCCUCUUCUCCCUUCGUCUACCACCAAACUCUCCCAGGAGGAGCAGCUGAAGUCUCACGAGACCAAGUGGAGACAGAUUUCAACUGAAUUAGCAGAACAUAGCACUCACCCUCCUGAGAAGAAUGUCAAAUCUAAAGAUGCAGAGGAAUACAAACUUAAAGAACAUUAUUUAUUAUUUGAGAAAAGCCGAUAUGAAGCAUAUAUUAACUUACUGAAGGCAAAACUAAAGGUAGGAACUGAUGAUCUGGAAAAAAUUGAGGCAAUUAUUUUCAGCUUUGAAAAUGAUGAAAAUUCCUUAAGGAAGACUCAGUCUAGUCCAUCUCUGAACCAAGGACAUUUUUCUCUAAAUGGCAAAAUGGAAAAGGACAUUUCGGAACAGAAAUGUUAUCCCAAAUAA